CCGAGCCGGCUCUGUCUUCUGCCACCUGACCUGCCAGCGGCCACCUACACCAGCUGUGCCCGUCCAUCAUGGAGAAGGUCCUUGUCCUUCUACUGGUUGCCCUGGCAGUGGCCUAUGCGGUGCCUGACCCUCGGGGAAUCAUCAUCCAGCUGGAGGAUGGCGAGCUCUGCCUGAACAGCCUUCAGUGCAAGAGCAAGUGCUGCCACCGUGAAACCGGGCUGAGCCUGGCCCGCUGCAUGCCCAAGGCCAGCGAGAACAGCGAGUGCUCCGCCAAGAGCCUCUAUGGGGUUUACUACAAGUGUCCCUGUGAGCGGGGUCUGACCUGUGAGGUUGACAAGAGCAUCGUGGGCUCCAUCACCAAUACUAACUUCGGCAUCUGCCUUGAUGCUGGACGUUCCAGGGAGUAAAACCACCGAAGGUGGCCCCUCUCCUCUCCCCCUCCCCGGCUCGCCACCCUUGGCCAGCACCUCCCUUUUCUGAUUUGAUUCUCAGCAAUUAAAGCUCUUCCUGCAACCUUC